AUGCUGUUUCGCUGUGGUCGUCCAUUGCGUCAGAGCGCCACAGCUCGACGGACUUCAUUGUUCUGGCAAAGCAUUGCAUCUACGAGUGCAAACUCUCUCGAUGUAUGUGUUCGCGAGCGUCAACUACCGCCUUUCAAGCGUCUGCAACUGUCGGAGAUUGAGCCGGCGAUAUCCAACGCCGCUUCAAAUUAUACGAGUGAUCUGCACGAGCUAGAAACAAAGCUGAUACAUGCAGGAAAGAACGUGCAAUUUGGAGACAUAAUAGACUCUCUAGAAGUGCAAGGGGACGCGCUGGAGCGUAUGUGGGGCAUUGUAGGCCAUCUCAUGAGUGUAAGCAACUCGGAGCAGCUGCGUGCUGUACAUGACAAGCUGCAGCAAUUGGUGAUCGAGACCGUCACUAAAGCCUCACAGAGCAAAAUACUCUAUGAUGCGUAUGUGGCUAUACGCGAGAGUGAGGACUGGAAUAAACUCGAACUGGCACAGCAGCGUAUCAUUGAGUUGAGACUGAGAAGCGCGACGCUUAGUGGUGUUGGUCUUGAGGGCAAAGACAAGGAAAAAUUUAACAAACUCAAGCUGCGUGCUGCUGAAUUGAGCACCAAGUUUUCGUCAAAUUUGCUCGAUGAUACUAAGGCGUACUCGAUCACAAUGAUGAACAAGAAGGAGUUGGAAGGACUACCUGAUUCACUGCUGCAAAUGUUUGCGCAAAGUGCUCGUGAUGAGGGUCACUUAGACGCCACACCAGAGAACGGACCGUGGCGCGUAACACUAGACCCGCCAUCUUACGUGCAGUUGAUGAAGUAUUCAGCGAAUCGGUCACUGCGUGAAAAACUGUAUCGUGCAUACGCUACCCGCGCGAGUGGAGGAUCUUUUGAUAACAAAGGUAUCAUAUCUGAGCUUCUUGAAACGCGUCAGCAGAUUGCGAAUCUCCUUGGUUUUGGCUCAUUUGCCGAGGUAAGUAUGUCGCAGAAAAUGGCACCCAGUGUGGACGAAGUUGAAAAAAUGCACCACGACCUGCGGAAAAAGUGUAUUGCUAUUGCGCACGAGGAGGUGAAAACUGUAGCUGAAUAUGCAAAGCAACACGGACAAGCUGAGCCUCUAGAGCCGUGGGAUCUUGGUUAUUGGUCUGAAAAGCUCAAGGCGGAGAAGUACUUGUUUAGUGAUGAAGAGAUGAAACCGUAUUUUCCGCUUGAACGCGUGCUCGAUGGUCUCUUUUCACUCACAUCGCGGCUAUUUGGUGUAACUAUUGAAGCAGCGGAUGGCCAAGCCGAGGUCUGGAAUCCAAAUGUGCGAUUUUUCAACGUGCGCAGCAUGGAAAGUGACAAGAAGAUAAUCGCUCGCUUUUUCUUGGACCCGUAUUCUCGUCCAAAAGAGAAGAAUGGUGGUGCAUGGAUGAACUCGUGCGUCAACCGCAGUCGCCUGCUUGGCCCAAAGGACCAGGGUGGGAAGCGUAUUCCAGUUGCCUAUAUUAUCUGCAACCAGUCGCCUCCUGUGGGUGAGACGCCUAGCCUCAUGACGUUUCGUGAAGUGGAGACAAUGUUCCAUGAAUUUGGUCACGGUCUGCAACACAUGCUCACGCAGAUGGAAUACGGUGACAUUGCAGGUAUUAAUGGUAUCGAAUGGGACGCUGUCGAAAUCCCAUCGCAGAUGAUGGAGAAUUUUUGCUAUGACAAAGACACGAUUGCAGAGAUUAGCGGGCAUUAUAAGUCAGGCAAGACAUUACCAGACGAAUUGUAUGAAAAGCUUAAGGCUUCACGCAAUUACAUGGUGGCCACUGGCAUGCUGCGCCAGCUUGGUUUUGGUGCCCUGGACAUGUACUUGCACUCUCACUACAUGCCAUCACAGGAGCCAUUAUUUGCCGUGCAGCAACGUCUACUAAGUGAAUAUGCCGUAUUGACUCCGCUCGAGGAAGACAGGUUUCUAUGUUCAUUUGCGCAUAUUUUUGCGGGAGGUUACGCUGCAGGGUAUUACAGCUACAAGUGGGCGGAGAUCUUGUCGUGCGAUGCCUAUGGUGCUUUUGAAGAGGCGGCCAAAGAGAGCCCUGAAGCUGCAACACGUGUAGGUCGUAAGUUUCGAGACACAAUUCUGGCUCGUGGUGGUGGUCAACACCCAGAGGAGGUAUUUCAGGCCUUUCGUGGCCGCAAACCAUCGACGUUGCCAUUGCUGACACAGUAUGGUCUAGUAGUGGACAAGUAG